AAAUUAUAGGGAAUGACUAGGCAUCUACUUUGCCCUUCACAAAAUUCCAACCCGUCAAAAUCCACGCCACUGAAAAAGGUUGAACGGUUAGAUUUAGAUUUCCCACCGCUCUGUAUUUACAUUUUAAUAGGUGUAUACUUUGAAGGGUUUUGCCAUCUAGUGAGUAAAGGUGGCGAAUACUUCUUCGAAUUGUUGAAACGGUUUUCAUCCAUUCACCACAUUGAUCAUGGCAAACUUCACGGGACCCCGUUUAUACAGCUGCUGCCAAUGUCGGAACCACGUUUCCUACCACGACGAUGUCAUUUCUAAGGCCUUUCAGGGAAGAAAUGGCAGGGCAUUUCUUUUUUCCCAUGUCAUGAAUGUAAUUGAAGGGGACAAGCAAGACAGGCACCUAAUAACUGGCCUACAUACAGUUGCAGAUGUGUCUUGCUCCGAGUGCAACGAAGUUUUGGGCUGGAAGUAUGAGAGAGCUUAUGAAGAAACUCAAAAAUACAAGGAAGGGAAGUACAUCUUGGAAAAAUCAAAAAUAAUGAAAGAAAAUUGGUAAGGCUGAUAAGUAGAGGGUUGCUGCAAUUUUUUGUAUAUAAAUCAAGGAAAGGGAUUUAGCAUUAGCCAAAUCCCAUUGCAAAAUCCUACAAUAAGGAUGAAGUGGUUAAUUUUUUAAUCCAUUCCAAUGAUUCAUUGUAUCUAAAAAUCCCUACCACCAGGAUCUCUUAUUAAAUGAUCAACUGAUCAACUCAUGACUCUUCUGCUAGUGCUAGCGCAGCUGUAACAACAUAUUGUAGGUUCUAGGUUGCUGAGGCCAACUUUUCGAUUGUUAAGAUUUUAGACUUGCUGCAAGAGGCUUAUACAUCCAACAUGCUUGCAUGUUGAUAAUAUUAACUAAGUUUUCUGGGCUAGCUAUUAGUGAAUUGGCAGUCUGGGGCAUUUAAUCUGAAAUAAGGUGGUCAAACAUGCAUAUCUAAGUGGUGGAAGUUGCAGGACGACUGCUUCAGGGUUUGUUAUCUACUUGUAUGUUUGGUAUAUAGUUGCAUUUGAUCUUCCUUCAUUGUUGAACAAAAUGACUUUUUUUGUUCAAGCAAUCACAUUGUAAUUGAUUCUGUUAAUUUCUAACAUUACAAAGAAAUAAAGUGCGUUACUGUUGCUACUUU